AUGGAGCUGGAGCCAUCAAUUCAUCACUCUUCUCGACAUUUCAUCAUCACCAAAGGAUCUGCGAUCACGGCUGUGGAGGAAGACGACGAUCUUCAACCUACUUGGUCCAACGAGCUCAGUCCACUCAGUACGCCAAAGACUCUCCGAGGCUCCAUCUCGUCGUAUCGAUCCCGCGAGUCCUUGACCAGCACCGCCAAUACUUCUCAACCGGACGAAGAACCCAUCACACCUCUCAGUGCAUCUUGUGAAAAGACUUUGACCGUAUUUGAGCGUCAAUCGUCCAUCGAGUCUUUCCGAUACGAAGAUCAACACCCGCCUUCGCCUAGAUCAUCUCCCAAAUCCAUCAACUCCAAAAGGAACGCUAGGAAAUUGCCACCUAGGCUCACAGAGUCUUUGGAAAAUCUUUCCUUGUCCAUCAGUCCGCCAUCGCGUGCUUUGACAUUCAAGCGACCCAGUAUCGUGCUGGAAAUGUCUCCUAUCUAUCAGCUCGAUGUCGACAAAUCCUUGCCCGACAUCCCGGCCAAUCCAAGCAAUGAGAUCCUCCCAAUGCACAGGGUGGAGCUGCCCAAAAUGGAGUCAAAGCGAUCGAUGAGCUCCCUCAAUCGUACAAGGGUACCCGUCAAGGGCAAAACCACCCGAAAGCCGGUCAAGUAUGGACCCACUGGUAAUCGAUCAAGUUGGGCCCCAUCCUCUUCAUCGAGUGCUUCUACGAACCUCGUCACACCUGGGACGUCUAUGCUCCGAUCGACGGAAUCCACUUGCUCUACCGCCAACUUUUGCGAGUUUGACGAUUUUCACCGAGCGUGGGCAGAACCAGAGCACAAUAUGGAAUCGCCUGUCGCUUCCGGCUCCAGACCAAAAAUCAAGGAGUCGAGGAAACAACGCAAAGCCAGGCGAAAGGCGGAAGCACAAGCUUUCGACGAAUUCGCUUUGCCCUCUAUGAGAAGCCUGUACGAUGCUGGCAACCUGGAAGUGAUUGCGGAGGACGGCGAGCGUGUCCGAUUCGGAAACCUGGUUAGGGAUAGAAAGACUAUUGUCAUCUUUAUCAGGCAUUGGUUCUGCUCCUUAUGUGCACAGUACAUGCAGUCAAUCGUCAGUCAAGUCCGGCCGGAAGCUCUGGAAGCAGCAGAUGUCAACCUCAUCAUCAUUGGAAAUGGCUCUGUGAAAAUGUUGCCUGGUUACAAGAACAAAGCCUUCAACUGCCCUUUCCCCAUGUACACCGAUCCCUCGCUCGAGCUGUAUCGAGCGCUUGGUCAGACCAGACAAAGUGGCGAUGCUGGCGCAGAUGAAGAUGCUGGAGACUACCUCGUCCAGUCCGUCAUGCAACAGACCGUAUCGACAGUCAAGCGAGCGACCAUGAUGCCACUUCGAAAUCCUGGUCAUUUCACUCAACUGGGCGGAGAAUUCAUCUUUGACGGAGCGCUCAACUGUACAUACGCUCAUCGUAUGACGACCACACGAAGUCACGCACCGAUCCGAGAUGUCUGUGCGGAAGCUGGGGUCAGACUCGAAUGGGUCCAUUAUGAACCUGGUGAAGCUCCUCCUCCUGUCCAUCGACCAUCAUUCAACUCCAUGCUCGACUUUGCACCUCCCAUGCCUGGCGUUCGCGAAACACCAAGAGAGAAUGCAGAGGGAACUGUACCGGACGCUCAGGAACCCGGCAUUCACUUUGGUUCACCGGUCGACUCGCGUAGAGACAGCAUCGAGAUGACUUGGAAAUCGGAUAGAGAUGGUGAGAUCGAGAGGAUCAAGAAUUUAAGGCGGGCGAGAAGAUCAGGUGCCAUCAACAUGGGGUCGUUGAAGACGUUGGAUGGGCAGAAUCAGAAUGAGGAUGGAGAGGUCGAAGUGGUGGGUGAGGAUGAGGUAUUGGAUCUAGGUGGGGAUCUGCGAGCUUUGGGAAUCACUGUAAAUUAG